CGGCCAAAACAAGCGAAAUCCAGUAAUGGCCGCGGGGUUUUGGCAGUGUUCUUCGUGUGUAAAUAAGUUCGCGUAAAACUAAUUAAUAAACUUCUAAUUAUGAUAAUUUUAGUUCGGUGAGAGUGACUUAUGUUGUAGUGUUAAAGUGUGUGAUUAUGUAUUGUACGGUUGACAAAAGUCACAGUAGCGGACCCUCAGCCACGCAGCCUAGGAGCAUGAAAGAUGGAAUCGGUUUGCCAACGGGCGUCACGAUGCGGGAGAAGAAAAGCGGAGCCUUGUCACGGAUGCAAAAGCUGAAGAAAAGACUGUCACACUCGUUCGGACGACUAUCGGUUUCGAAGGAAGAGUCCGAAGAGCACCAUCACAACCACGGCAAGCUUCCAUACAACGGUUACAGCGAUGAGUUCCUAGACCGUUUGGAGCCCAACGGGAACAUACCUGCCGGUAAAGGUGAUAUUAGAUACGAACUGUACAAUGUGUCCGGCCACGAGAGGGUCAAACGACAACUUUCGGUGUCUUCGGACAGCAAACUCCUCGACGACGAUAUUCGAGAGGAGACUAAAGUGAUACUAAGACCGAGAAAACCCCCCAGACCCAAGUCCGAAGUUUUACUCAAUCAAGGGUCCGAUCACCGGCGAACGAAGAGGUAUUCCGCUUUUGGGGGCGAUUCCCCCUUCGGCAAGUCGGAAGCCUACAUAAAACUAGAACAAUUAGGUGAAGGUUCAUACGCGACCGUGUACAAAGGAUUUAGCAAUUUACAAAACCAAGUCGUAGCAUUGAAAGAGAUUAGACUUCAAGAAGAAGAAGGCGCUCCGUUCACGGCGAUCCGAGAAGCCUCCCUCCUCAAAGAACUGAAACACGCCAACAUAGUCACACUGCACGACAUCGUCCACACGCGAGAGACUCUCACUUUCGUCUUUGAAUAUGUCCACACCGACCUAUCUCAGUAUCUCGAACGCCACAGUGGCGGCUUGGACCCUCGCAACGUCCGACUGUUCCUCUUCCAAUUGUUGCGGGGGCUGUCCUACUGCCACAAACGCAGGGUGCUCCACCGCGACGUGAAGCCCCAGAACCUCCUCAUCAGCGAAAUCGGCGAGUUGAAAUUGGCCGAUUUUGGGUUGGCGCGAGCCAAGUCAGUCCCCAGUCACACAUACUCCCACGAGGUGGUGACGCUGUGGUACCGGCCCCCCGACGUGCUCCUCGGGAGUACCGAGUACUCGACGUCGUUGGAUAUGUGGGGGGUGGGCUGUAUAUUCGUCGAGAUGAUCACCGGGAUGGCGAUUUUUCCCGGCGUCAGGGAUACCUACGAUCAACUAGAUAAGAUAUUUAAGGUGUUAGGGACUCCGACCGAAGAAGACUGGCCCGGUGUUACGCGAUUACCGGGGUAUAAGUUACACAAAAUAGGACAGUAUAGGGCUAGGAAAUUGGGGCUGUAUUGGCCGCGGUUGCAUGAUGUCGUGCAUGGGGAGGCGAUGGCCACGGCGCUCUUGCAACUAGAUCCACUGAAGCGGUUGGGGGCCGAUGAGGCGAUGGUGCAUCCGUAUUUCAACGGCUUGCCCAAGAAGCUUCUGGAGUUGCCCGAUGACGCUUCGAUCUUUAGUGUGGAGGGCGUACACCUGUACCAAGAGCAGUAUUCUGGUAUCAAAUGAGGAUUGUCAAAACUACCUCUCUCAGGAACCUUCUUCAAGCAAUGACCCUUAGGUCAUUUCCUUCAUCCCAGCUUCAAGCCACGUCACUCUCACACUGCUGUACAACAUCUUUCCGUUGAAUCAUGACAUUUGUUGGACACUAGUCGACAGAUGUGAUUUUUUACACUCUCACUCACUCACCGAUCCAUUCCUUCCAUGGUGCUCAAUUAUAAAAUUAAAGACUUUGCGUCUGGUCAAAAAAAAAGGGGCUGUUGUUAUGCCUUGGCACCCGUUUCUGUUUUUUGUCAUUUUAUCUUUAGCCCCUAUCGCCGUUCCUCUGCGCCACGUGAUCACGUAAAUAAACGAACAAGAUUAAGACUGAAUCGUGUCGGAUCGUGUCUUAUUAGCUAUGUUAUAGGGGGCGCUGCAGCUUGGCGGGGGAACGAUCGUGCCAACGGUCAAAAUGUAGUGAUUUUAGGGCGUUUUUUGCGUUCGAGGAUUAAAUUUAAUUAGGAAAUAUUGGAUUUAGGCCUAAUAGAGCAUGGUUUAGUUGAAUAUAAGUUUUUGCUGUGAGCUCUAGAACACCAUCAUUAGUCAAUGAAUAGCGAUAGAGUAGGCCAUUCUUGGAUCAAGGCACUAAGCGGCAAUGCACCCCUCCUGUGGUACGUCCAAACAUGCCGUCAACUUUCACUUGUCAUAGGUUUUUAGCGAUUACAUUUUACUAAUCACUCAUGCUCAGUGCACGCUUACGUAGGCACUCGUUUCCGUCAAAAUGAUGACAAAUCAAAAGUGUUUUUUAUAGCGGAUGAAUCGAAACGCAAGACCAACAUUGAAGGUUUUCGUUGUCUCAAGACUAUUUUUUAUAAUAAUAAUAAUAAAUGAUUAUCGCAAUGUUUCCUUUUUUACUUUGUACAUUUGUUUCGUUUUUGGAUGUAUCGCUCUGAAAUGCACCAUUUUUGUGUCAAAAUUGGUGUACUUUAUAUUAUGUGAUAGAGUUAAAUUGUUACUUUGGUUUGUUACGCGGAUGUGUUUACUGAAGGUAAAUUUUAUGAUACCGAGGAAUAAUGGUGUACGUAAUCCUUGUACCAUGUUGCAUUGUACAUAGAAAUAGUUGUUUAUAUUAUAAGAUAAUUAUACGAAUACCGAAAAUUUACUGAAUAAUAAAUGUCUUUGUAUAAA